AUGAAUCUCUAUACACCUUCUAAUGGAUUACUUGGCACUCAUGUUACUUGGGAAGACAUUGAGGAGGAUAUGCAACGAGAGUUGGAUACGGUUGCCUCAUUUGGGCCGAACAAAACUGCAAAGAAUGUAGGAGAUGGCAGAGGUUUCAUGUCAAGAAUUGCCCUUAUUGAACCUGACUGGCAGCACAAGGAUAAGCAACUCCCUGAAAAAUUUGUAGUCAAGAUCUUUGUUCCUAAAAUUAGGUUUGUAGAUUGUGUCUCAACUAGCUACGAUGGAAAUUACGGAAGAAAUGUCAAAAAAGAGAAACAUGAAGAACAUUUUCGACAAGGAGGAGCUCAAAAUGGCAAUGGAAUUUCAGCAGAAGCGUGUGACUUGCUCUUCCAAUCAAACUUUCAUUGUUAUCAAGUCCAUAAUGCAGAAAUCAACGUGUACAAUCAUCUGCUAAAACUUCCUCAAGAGAGUUUUCCUAAUGCAAAGAUUUACUACAUGAAGAAAUUCUCCGAAUAUAAUCCAGUCAAAGGAUACUUGAUCAUGGAAUAUAUCGAAAACAUCAAGCCAGUGCAUGUAUACGAGAACAUUCCACCGAAGUCUCUCAGCAAGGUACUCCGGGCCAAAGCAGUUCUGGAAGCGCUUUCUCUUCGAUUCACCGUUGGGGAGAAAAAAGAGUUCACGAACAAGCCCUUUACUGAACUUUUUGCACCCAUAUUCACCGAAGAAACAGUGCAAAGCAUGGUUUUGGCAUUGCGAGAUUUCGGAACAGAAUCUAUCAAACAGAAGAUUGACGAAAUGCAGAAAGUGCUCGUAGACGUAAUAGAUCUUCCGUGGGCGGACCAGCUAGCAGAUGAGCUAGGUGAUUGA